GCGUAAAGUCGCAUGAGUUUUAGCGUGCGAUCGGUGCGUGUGACGCCACCCGGUGCGUGCGAGCUGCAGCAAUGUGCGAUUGGCGACGGCUGCCGCCGACGCUGCUGCGAAUCUGCAGCCGGGGCGGCCGCUGGUGGAGGCAGACGUUUCGGCCGACGCCGCUCACGGAUGAAGAUGUGGAGACGACUUCGGGCAUCACGGAGGAAGUGGAAGGAGGUCUAGUGGAGCACCGAAUUAUAUUUGUGAACCGUCCACAACCAAGCAAAUACUGCAGUAAUCACAUCUCCACCGCCAAAUACAACAUGCUCUCUUUUGUACCAAGCUUCCUUUUUGAGCAGUUUCGCCGUUAUUCCAACAUCUUCUUUCUCUUCAUCGCACUGUUGCAGCAAAUUCCUGAUGUGUCUCCUACUGGACGGUAUACCACAUUGGUGCCUCUAGUGUUCAUCCUUAGUGUAUCAGCUAUAAAGGAGAUUAUUGAAGAUGUUAAAAGGCAUCAUGCAGACAAUGAAAUCAAUCAUCGUGAUGUUGAAGUGUUAAGAGAUGGUCACUGGCUUUGGAUACAGUGGCGAAAUGUAGUGGUGGGAGAUAUUGUUAAAGUACACAACAAUCAGUUUUUUCCAGCAGACCUCAUUAUCCUAUCAUCAAGUGAACCACAAGCAAUUUGCUACAUUGAAACUUCAAACCUGGAUGGAGAAACUAACUUGAAAAUCAGACAGGCACUGCCUGACACAGCGCACCUUUUGGAAACAAAAGAUUUGACACAAUUCACUGGAACACUGGAAUGUGAGCUCCCAAAUCGUCAUUUAUACGAGUUCACAGGAAUCUUGAAAGAAACAAACAAACAGACAUUACCACUGGGACCUGACCAGCUUUUACUUAGAGGUGCAAUGCUGCGCAAUACCAGCUGGAUAUUUGGCCUUGUGGUAUAUACUGGUCAUGAGACCAAACUCAUGAAGAAUUCUACCUCAGCUCCACUGAAACGUUCUACUGUUGAUAAGCUCACAAACACACAGAUACUGAUGUUGUUCUUCAUACUUAUUGUUCUGUGUCUGCUAUCUGCUAUAUUUAAUGAAAUAUGGACUAAGGAACAUGCAAGAACAGACUGGUAUAUUGGUAUUGAUGAAAUGAUUAAUCUCAACUUCGGGUAUAAUCUUCUGACAUUCAUAAUAUUGUACAACAACCUGAUACCAAUAUCCUUACAAGUUUCUCUUGAGGUUGUUCGUUUUGUACAGGCUAUUUUUAUUAAUAUGGAUAUUGAUAUGUACCACGAAGAAAGUGAUACACCAGCUAUGGCAAGGACAUCAAAUCUGAAUGAAGAGCUAGGACAGGUGAAGUAUAUAUUCUCAGAUAAGACUGGCACACUUACAAGAAAUAUAAUGGAUUUCAAGAAGUGCUCCAUAGCUGAACAAAUUUAUACUUUAGCAGAUAAUCCAAAUGACACACAGUUAGUGAAGAAUUUGCAGUCUGGUCAUCCUUCAGCUCUCUACCUUAGAGAAUUCCUUAUUCUUAUGUCUGUUUGUCAUACAGUCAUUCCGGAGAGGAGUAAGGAUACAAUUAUAUAUAAUGCUGCCUCACCAGAUGAGAGGGCUCUUGUUCGUGGUGCCUGCCUUUUUGGCUAUGUUUUUGACACCAGGACACCACAUCAUGUAGAAAUAAUUGCUUUGGGAACAAGAGAGCGAUAUGAAAUUCUGAAUGUCUUGGAAUUUACAAGCAGUAGGAAAAGAAUGUCAGUCAUUACAAGGAAUUCAGCUGGUGAAAUAAAGUUAUAUUGUAAAGGUGCAGACACUGUGAUAUAUGAAAGGUUAUCUCCAGAUGGGCAACAGUUCCGUGAGGCAACUCUCAGACACCUGGAAGAAUUUGCUACUGAAGGGCUUAGAACAUUGUGUUGCGCAGUUGCCAACAUAUCAGAAGAGGCCUAUGAGGAAUGGAAAAACACUUAUCAUAAAGCAAGCACUUCAAUGCAGUAUCGGGAGAGGAAAUUAGAAGAUGCAGCAAAUUUAAUAGAAAAUAACCUAACACUUCUGGGAGCAACUGCUAUAGAAGACAAAUUACAAGAUCAGGUGCCUGAAACAAUAGCAGCCCUCAUUAAAGCUGAUAUACGUGUUUGGGUAUUGACAGGGGAUAAACAAGAAACUGCUAUUAAUAUUGGCUAUUCAUGUAAGCUAAUAGUUCAUGGAACACCACUACUGAUACUGAAUGAAGAUAGCCUUGAUAGUACACGAGAAACAAUAGCACGCCAUAGUUCAGAAUUUGGUGACCAGUUGGGCAAAUCAAAUGAUGUUGCUCUUGUUAUUGAUGGGAAAACUCUAAAAUAUGCCCUCAGUUGUGAUGUCAGAAGGGAUUUUCUUGACCUCUGUAUCAGUUGCAAUGUGGUUAUCUGCUGCCGUGUCUCCCCAAUGCAGAAGGCUGAGGUUGUGGAACUUGUUACAUCACAUACGAAAAGUAUUACACUGGCUAUAGGAGAUGGUGCAAAUGAUGUUGCUAUGAUCCAAAAAGCUCAUGUUGGAGUUGGAAUCUCAGGAGUUGAAGGUCUUCAAGCAGCAUGCGCAUCUGAUUAUUCGAUAGCACAGUUUCGAUUUCUUCUGAAGCUGCUUUUUGUUCAUGGAGCAUGGAACUACAAUCGAAUGUGCAAAUUAAUAUUGUACAGCUUUUACAAAAACAUAUGCCUUUACGUAAUUGAACUGUGGUUUGCAAUAUAUUCAGGGUGGUCAGGACAAAUCCUGUUUGAGCGUUGGUCUAUUGGAUUAUACAAUGUGUUGUUCACAGCAGCUCCACCACUUGCACUGGGUCUGUUUGACAAAGUCUGUUCUGCUGAGACAAUGCUGAAGUAUCCUGCUCUGUACAAACCAUCUCAAAAUGCUGAUCUGUUCAAUGUUAGAGUUUUCUGGGUAUGGAUCCUCAAUGCUCUCGUACACUCAGUACUGCUGUACUGGCUACCAUUAUUUGCUCUGCAGAAAGAUGUUAUAUGGGCCAAUGGACGAGAAGGUGGUUAUCUGCUUCUAGGAAAUAUUGUGUAUACGUAUGUCGUAGUGACAGUAUGUUUGAAGGCUGGCUUGGUCACAAAUGCAUGGACGUGGCUCACUCAUCUUGCAAUCUGGGGCUCAAUUGCCAUGUGGUUUAUCUUUGUUGCUGUGUACAGUAAUUUUUGGCCUGUCAUCCCUGUUGGAGCUGUUAUGCUGGGAAUGGAUCGAAUGAUGUGUACUUCACCUGUUUUUUGGCUUGGACUCAUUCUCAUCCCAUUUAGUACGCUGAUAGCAGAUGUGUCCUACAAGGUCAUCCAUUCGACAGCAUUUAAAUCACUUACAGAAGCUGCAAGGGAAAGUGAAAUCAGGAAAACAGACCCAGGAAAUGUUAUAAUGAGGGAAACAAGGCACUCACCGUUGCAUGCAAUUGGACAGCUGUCGAGAUUUACGUGGCAUGGCACAGAUGAAGAUCGCAUCACAUCACCACUCUGUUGCUCUCAUCACAGGAACCAAUGCAGAUUCUACACACGACUGACGGAAACAGCAAGGCUCCUGAAGAAUGUGAGAAGUGUAUUUUCAUUCAACCGACGCUCUGCCACCAGGGUAAAUAUGGAAGUGGAACUCUCUCAUGGCUUUGCAUUUUCUCAAGAAGAAGGUGGUGCUGUCACACAAUCAGAAGUUAUUCGUGCUUACAACACCAACUUACCAAAACCGGGUGGCAUGUAAAAUAUAAGACAUUUUUAUUACAAUCCUGCAUGUGCAAAUGUGAUGACAUUUGGACUAGUUACUGCAGGAUUUAAUUUGCAAACUAUUGCAGCUAUUGUAUUCUAUGAAUGCUGGUAUUAGUAUGCAUCAGAGAUUUCACAAAUGGUGUUUGUGGUGUAUGUCUGUGCGUUUGCUGUACAGUCAAUUUCAUAUUAUGUAAAGUACAUUUUUAGUUUUUAUUUUCAAACCAGUUCAGUGUUUCAUACUGAAUGGAUCUCAGUUGAAGAAAGGAAACAGGGUACAUUAUGCUUUACGUAACUGAUCUGGAAACAUUAUAUUUCUUUAUUAUGAGUAUAUUCAACAAAAUUAAUUAAGUCUUAAGUGAGUACUUACUGUAGAUACCAACAGUAUUCAGCUUUCAAAUAACAAAAUCAUCAGUGGUAAGUGCAUCACUGUUCAGAUAAAGUAUAAAUCUGACAAUGAGGUCACUAUUUCUAACUGUGACACUAUUUUCACAUUGAGUGUUCUUCCUUCAGUCAUCAGUACCUCCAGUUCUACUGUUCCUUCUGAAAAAGGUAUUUUGAUAGAAAAUGGUGUUGCUAAAGUCAAUAUCUGCUUGUCAGAUACAUUACUAAUGUUGUAAGUUGUCACUAUUUCAUUUUCUAUUAAUAAUUUAAUCCAGAGAGUCUUAGCAUGUGUGGGGAUUUUUUUUUUUUUUAAAUAGUCAUUUUUAAUAGUCACCUUCUUUUUUAUAAUACAUGGACAUACAUUUUUGUUACUACAUUUUGACAUCAAAAACCAUCAGUUCAGUGUGAUUUAGAAUAAGUUGUAGACUUUGCCUCAUUCAGUUAUGUUAAAUUAUGUGUAACCAGUAUAAACCUUUAAACAGAGACUGAGUUGAAGUUAUAAAUAUUAAAUCACUGGUGAAUAACAGUGAAAGUACCAUAUACUCAUUUUCCAGCAGUAGUCAGUCAGAAACAGUGUUAUCAACCUGUUUCACUCACAACAUUAUAGAAUUUCAAAAUAUAAUGAGAGUAAAUUUUAAAACAAACUAAGGUUAUCCAAACAUUCUUUUUUACUAGUACUCGGAAUCAGGAGUUUGUUUCUAUUGGUUUCAUCCAGUAUUGUAAGAGUAAGAAUUUAUGCUGUUUAUAAUACAUAUUAAUUGUGCAUACAGAGGUGUAAUGGUUCUUAUGUGCUUGUAUCAGCCUUUGUAUUUUAUAUAUUCAGGUGUUUUUAAAGUGUUGUGCCAGAUACAAAGUUACUGACAGCAAAAAUUGAAAGAAAGACAUUUCCCCUCCACCCUCUCUGCUACAAAUGCAGUUUUAUUGUUAUUUGAAACCGUGUUACUAAUCAAGAAUCAGUAACUUGUGAGUGAAUGUGGCAGCACGUCCAUCGUGAAUGUGGUAAAUAGAUUCAAAGAAAAAUUUUGUUAACUAUACUAUAUAUGAAUGCAUUCUGAAUGUUCAUAUUUUCACUUUCGUAAAUUAUAUUUAAAAUAAAAAGUAAAUUUUGCUAUUUUAAGUGUUUGUGUUGCAGAGUAUAUGCAAUAAUAUCCAAGAAACUAAUAAGCCUGUCAUGACAUAUUGCCCAUAGCAAGUAUGUUGUUCACUUCUUGUUUUUUAUCUGUGAAAGUCAUCAUUAUAAAUCUAUGAGUGUAACACUGCACUGUGCAAACACAAUAUACAUUUCAAUGGAGCUACACAAUUUUAUUGGUAACAUCAUUUUGCAAUUGAAACGAAGAAUCAUCCCAGAUAUACCUGUAAUGGUAAGUUAUACACAAGGACAAUUCACUGUUUCAAAUUUUAUCAUACUUUCCUUAGCGGAACAGAGUGCUGUUAUACCACGUCAAAGGCAAUAACAAAUUUAUAGCUCAUCUUACUACCCAGCACCCCACUUUGAAAAAAAAAUCUUCCAUGUUGAAAACUUUGCUUCAUUACAGAGACAUCAAAAUAACAUCUGCUUCCACAUAAUGUGUCAUUAAGUAUUAUAGUGUUUUCAAAAUUUUAUAACCAUGUCUGUCUUGCAGUAACAGUGAGUGAUGUAGCAAUGAAAUUUUAUGAUGCAGCCAACUGUUGUUAACUUCCUCCAUUGAUACUGUCACAGAGAUCUGUCAACAUCCGUCAUAAGAGAUAUUUGCACAUACCAUGGAUAAAACCCCAAGGUGAACACAAAAAUGGCAAGCUCUAUUUACAUUGAAGAUGGCUUUAUAGCUCUAGGCCAAAAUAUUAUUUUUUGUUGUUGCUGUUGUCUUUAUGAAGCUCUCCCCACUAGUCUAUCUUGUUCAAGUCUCUUCAUUGCUGGAUAACAACUCCACCUUACAUCCAUCUGACUUGUUUAGUGUACUAAAGCUUUGGCCUACUUCUACUAUUUUUACCCCUUAACACUUCGCUCUAUUACCAAAUUAACUCUUCCAUGAUGCCUCAGAAUGUGUCAACUGGACCCUUUUUUUAGUCAAAUUUUGCCAUAAUGUUUUGUUUUCUCCUCAGUUUGAUUCAGUACCUCUUCAUUAGAUGUCCAAUCUACCCAUCUAAUCUUCAGCAUCCUUCUGUAACAUCACUUUUCAAACACUUCUGUUCUCUGCUUGUUUGUAUUGAAUAUCAUUCACUACUCUAUAAGACUACAUCAUAGACAAAUAAUUUCGGAAAAGAUUUCGUAACACUUAAAUGUAUAUUAGAAUAGCAGCCCGCUUUGGCAUCACACAGAUAUAGUAAACAACACACAACUUGCCUUGCGUAGUGUUAAUAAAUUUUGUACAUAAACCUUCAUCGUAAAUCAGUCUAUUAUUGAUGAAAACAGUGUCAGUAUCCUGAGAUACAUAUAGGCAGAAAAAACAUGGUGGAGAACUAUAAUUCAUCAUAGUUCAGCCAAUAUUCAGUGGAGCAUUUAUAAAUUGUGUGCACAAAUCUUUCUCAUGAAUCAGUUAUCAAUUAGUGAAAACCAUAUCAAAAUCCCUAAGGUAGUUCCUGAAACUAGCUGUCACAUACAGACAGAAAAACACAGUGGGGUACUUUAAAUUGUAUAUAUGUACCAUUGUUACAAAUUUCUAUUUUUCAGAAAAACUUUACUUGCUCUUUCAAGUCUGCAUUUUAUGUCCUCAUCUACUACUUUCAGUGCCUGAACUUCUAAUCCCAUCUCUCACUAUCACCUGAUUUAAUUUGACUACAUUUUAUUAUCUGUUUUUUACUUUUGUUGACGUUCAUUUUGUAACCUAUUUUCAUGACACCAUCAGUUCCUUGUAACUGAUCUUUCAAGUCCUUUGUUAAGUCUGACAGAAUUACACUGUCAACAGCAAAACAUCAAGUUCUUAUUUCCUCCCUGUGAACUUUAACUUCCCUUUCCAAAUCUCUCCUUGGUUUCCUUACUUAAUGCUGGAUAAACAAGUUGAAUAACAUCAGGAAUAGGCUAUGGAUCCCUCUAAAUCCCUUCUCAACUAGUGCUUCCCUUUCAUAUCCUUUGACUUAUAACUGCAGUGUGAUUUCUGUACAAGUUCUAGAUAAUCUUUUGCUCCUUGUGCUGCAUUCGUGCUACAUUCUGACUUUCAAAGAGUGUAUUCUAGUCAACAAUAUUGAUAGCUUUCUCUAAAUCGCGUAUACUAUAAAUGUAUGUUUGUUUUUCUUUGUUGUAUCUUUUAAGAUAUGUAGUAUGGUCGAUACUGCCUUGUGUGACCCUACAUUUCUCCAGAAUCCAAAUUGAUCUCCCACAAGUUUGCUUCUAGAACUUUUUACAUUAUUUUGUAAAUAAUCUGUGUUAUUAUUUUGUAACUGUAACAAAUGAAAGUGAUGGUGACAUAAUAUUCACAUCUGACAGCACAUGCCUUGUUUUAGACUGGGAUUGUUUCUGUAGUUCUUGACGUCUGAAUAUUUUUCAACUAUAUAUCAAGCACUUGUAAUUGACCUAAAUAAUACUACUGUAUUAACCCCCUACUCAUCAAUGUUAGUAGUGCUGGUGAGUUGGAUCUAGGAAUUUUGCAUUUAGAUGCUGUAAGUUAUGUUUUGUGUUUCUACAAAUAGCCAAAUCAUACCUUCCUCUUUACCAUAUAAUGGCUGUCCUAAAUUGCGUAAGAUUUAUAUAUCAUCAAAAGCAAUUGUGAUGCAUUGCUUUUUUGUAUACAUCCUUUUUGAAGGCUACAUGGCCAGAACAGAAAUUUUCUUUCAGUUAUGAGUUUGUCCUGAAAGAUGACAGUUAUGGGAAUUCAUUGCUUGUGGCUGUUCAUUCUUAAGUACUCCUGUAUUCUUAGUAUAAAUGUCAAUUUAGUAUACCCAGUAUUGUUAUUGCUGACUGAAAUGCAAUGGUUUCUAAUGGAUCAGUUCGUGCCAUGAUCAUGUUAAAAGGUAACAUGAAGCUCUUUUGGAGCAUGCUGCUCUCUACAUAACUUUCUGAAGUGUCUUCAUGCAUAACAGAAGGGAGUAAGUUACGAUUUGUAUGGUAUAGAGGACCUUGUAAUAGGCAUUGGCAUGAAAUAUGAUUUUGCUUUUGGAUUAUUAUAGUCAUCUUUUCUAGGAACCGAACUGUCAGAAAGGUAACUGUUAAACAACUUCAUUAUUUCAGAAAAUGCCGCUAUAAGAUUUGAUGUGCUACAAGUGUUUUAUCAAUUAAUUUUGGUGCUAACAGUAACCUGUAAAAUACCCUGGUCUUGCAGGUGAGGUAUGAACCAAUAAACACAAAAGCAUUUGCAAGCAAUUAAUAUGUAAAUUAUGUUUCCUGUUUUUGACAACUAAUCUCAGAAUGAGGUAUCUCCUUGAAUCUGUCAUCAUCAUCCCCACCUCCACCUUUUUCCCCUUUUUUUGUAAUGAUGGUCUUUUUUAGCUACCAUUCAUUUUAUAAUAUUUUGAUACCUUGCAGUAUUUGUUAAGAGUUAUACUACUGGAAGUUAACUGGGAGAAAUAUGAAGUCAAAUACUAUAGUUUUGAGGGGAGCAAUGGCAAUGCUUCCCCCAUGUGGAAAUCAGUCAGGCAGAUGAUGACUUGAACCUCAAACCAGAAUUAACAGAUUCUACUUUUAAGAGUAGUUUGGGACAAAAGAUUUUAUCAUAUCUUACAUGUGAAUCAGCAUAAUAUGAACUGAAUGAACUAUUCAAAACUGCUUUCUUUCUCCAAGAUUUUAACAUUUUCAUUCAUUAGAACCCAAUUAAGACUUGCAUACUCAUGCAGUUGUCAUAAAACAGCUGAUACAAGGAAACUAAUCGGUGAAGAGGAAUAACACACUCCACACUCUUAGAGUUCAGCUGUUGACUAAACCAAAUACUUUUCUUUAAGAAGAGUAUCAAAAACAUUUGACUCUCCACAAACUCAACAAGAGAACAAUUAAUAUGCCAGUAGUUGAAAGAUUAAUUAAAUGUGAUUCAUUUUUUAAUUGCCACAAGGAAAUUUGUCUCACUUCACCUGCUAAUAUGAUUGUUUUAAUUCAGUGGCCUAUGUAUUUAUUGUUCUUUGAUGUUAUAUUAAGACUGUGCAGCAAAAUAAUAUUGUUGUAAUUUUAAGUGUUGUAGAUGGGUAUGCUUAAUUCUUCCUACAUGUGGCACGAGAAGUGUAUGUCUCAGAAUUGUCAAUUACAUUAAAACGCAAUGUUUCCUUACAGUAUGUAGCUUAUGUACAAAUUUACAUCUAUGUAUAUGUUAAUACUUUUGAGUGUUGCUCGUGAACUUUAACUCGCCUUACAAUUGUACAUAAGUGUAUAUUUGUGGAAAUAAGUUUUGUCAUGUGUGUGAUUGCACUGUAAUUUUGUGCAUCAUCAGAAAUAUACAUUGGAGCCCUGUGUCAAUAGUUUUGUGUUCUAUAAUGUACUAUUUACAAACUGUCAUCAGUCACCAAGCUAUAUUAUCUCUCUUAUGUACCUGCUGCAGGUUACAUUUGUCCUUUAAUAUGCCUCUACAAUCUUGUUUUGGAGGAACUUGUAGAUCCUAAAUUAUCUCCUAGAGUUGGCAUAUUGUCCUUGCAUAGUAUGGUUACUGCUGCCGUCUGAACUGUCAGAUGUAUACACACAUUCCACAGUCCUGAAAUUUAGUGUACUUUCGAUGCAAGAUGAUUAAAUUACAACUUAGUACAAAUGUCCUUCUUACAACUUCCAUGUAUUUGAAUAUUACAAGUAUAUUUAAAUAAUACAGUUUCUAAUUUCUCAUUGUUAAAUGCUUAUGUGUGUUGUGGUUCUUCAAAAUAAAUUAAAGUAGCUAAAGAUUUAUCUGAACAUUGCUAUGAAGGCAAAUAUCACGCUUUAACAAGAAUCUCUGUAACAUCCAAAAAAAGAUAUAUCAGUGCUCACCUGAACAGAAAUUCCAAUUCAGGUCCUUUUUGCGAAUGUCAAUUCUCCUCCUCCUCUGCUUCCCCCUCUCCUUUUGCUCCAUUUUAAUUCAUUUAUCUGUACUUAGUUAUCAUUUAUCUGCUCUUUAGUUAUUGGUUUAUCUCAAUUUUUCUCUGUUUACAGGCUUUCCAUAUCUGUAGCUUCUAACUGGCUUAUAUAAACUUCUUUUUAUCUGUGAUUAGUUAUUUUUCCAGUGUAUUGCAUUCCUCGCAUCUCUGUUCAGUAAAAGACAUAGAAGUUUUAGUAUGUCUGAUAUUACAAGUUGCCAGAUUCUCAUUUUCAUUUAGAACUUCAAGAAUUCCUUUUACUUUUUGGAUCAUAGCGUUGCACUUCAGAGAACACAAGGUUGAAACUUAUGAAAUUGUGUAAAUAUAUGGGUAACUCUAAUAUAUGGGCUACAAUACUGGAAAAAGUGCUAAAUAUAUACUUUCAAGUUCUCAUAGACCAUAGAAUUCCAUAAUGAGGACAGACUGAAAAUUCAUAAUAUUGUCCCUCAGAAUUAAAUGAAGCAAGUUCCCAUUCAGUGUUUUGUUUAUCAACAUCACAUCAGUUACAGAUGUUCUUGAAGUGUUACAAAAGUAAUACAAAAAAUACUGACAUCAUGAUGUUUCCCUGUUAGGUAACACUGAAUAUAACCAAGCUUUUCAUACAAAGAUGUUCUACUUUUCCUCUUAACAAGAAUGAAUAUUGUUAGUGGGUGCCUGUUGACAUACCUCUCGCAUACUGUUCGAUGUAUUUUGUCACAGUUCUGCACUACCUGGAAUGUGAACAUGAACAUGAUUUUUGCAACCUGUUAAUUGAAAGUGUCAUACUUUUGUUACUAUUUCAAUGUGCUUAGUAACACCUGACAUUUUAAAAGUAAUUUUGUAUUAAAAGCAAGUCCAACCACUACAAAUAAAAUAGAGGGAUAUCAGGAAUGUUGUACAUCAUGCUCUGUUAAUCAUAUCUGAUUUGCCUUUCUUAAUCAUAUUUUUAUUUAACAUACACUUCACUCAGUAGACCUCAUCCCCUCCUCCUGUACUGUAUCUUACAUACUCUCCCACAGAAAAGAAACAGGCGAUGAGAGAUCAGUAGGAAACAUACUUUUAAAUAUAUGACAUGGAUACAGUAUUGUUACUAUUUUUUCGUGCAGUAUUGAUGAACACAUAUUUGAAACCUUUUUGCUAUAUAUUUUUAAUGCCUCAUUUUGUGGAUACAGUUACAUUUAGUAAAUUAUAGUUGUGUUUGAUAUUGUUCUUAAGAGUUUGUAUGUGUGUGCAUGUUGGCGGGUGGGCGUGCACUUGUGUGAGCAUGCUUGUGUGAGCACACACGUGCAUUUCCUCCAAGGAAAAAUGAGCAAUUGCCUACUUUCAUACUUAUUUAAUUUUAUGUUAGGCCAGAACUGACUUCUUAAGUACUGGCGCAGUGAUUGUAUAAUAAAUGAUAUAUUUUACUGUUCAUUUAAAAUGUAAGUAAUUUUAGUAAGUUAAAUAUUACUGAAAAAUGUAAAAUUGGAAUGGGUAUAUCCCUGACUGAAAUGUCUUCUACUCCAUGUAAGAACCACAUUACAUUUAGCAUUUAUAUAUAAUCACCAGACAGUUGUGCUCUACUGUUUCGCACAUUUUACUCUGCACUAACCUAUUUUAUCGGAGGUCGCGUGCAUGUCAGAAACUACUGUACUAGAACCUGUGAGGAUAAUGACUCUGAUAAAACAACUGUAAUGAUUUAUAUUUUCUGUGUAUAGUGAUAACAUAAUAGAAUGUUACAAAGUUGUUAAAUAGUAAGCUCUAAGAACAUUAUUUUGUAAAUAAAAGGGAGCAUGCAAGGCAUAUUUUAUUGUCCUAUGUAUACAUAACAAUAUUUUUAUGGGGACAUAACUUUUAAUGUUUUCCAUUUGUAAAUUUCAACAUACUGAUAUACAGAUAAAAAUUACUUAUAAAUGUU